UUCAUUGGGCAAGGUGUGAUGCCACCCAUGGGUGAAUGGCAGGAAGUGGAGUGUCCUGCUCGACUGGAUCUGUCAGGUGGUUGGAGUGACACUCCUCCUAUUGCAUUUAAACAUGGUGGAGUGGUGGUUAAUGUGGCCGUAAAGGUGGAUGGCAAACGGCCGAUUGGUGCCAAAGUUCGACGAAUUCCUGAACCUCAUCUGCUGUUGGUCAGCACCAGUGGAGAACCUGACUGCAGUAUUUCAACAGAAACAAUCUGUGAGGACCUUACAGACCUGGAGGAUUAUUGUCAACCACAUGCACCAGGUGCUCUGCUGAAAGCCGUUUGUGUAUGCAGUGAUCUGGUGUGUUUAUCGUCUCCUCUUUCACUGAAAGAUCAGCUGUUGAAGCGCUGGGGUGGAGGACUGGAGCUGCGCAGCUGGUCUACACUACCACAUGGUUCUGGUCUCGGCACCAGCAGUAUCCUGGCAGGCGCAGCUCUUGCUGCAGUGUACAGAAGUACAGGACGAAGCUACAACACAACGUCUCUCAUUCAUGAUGUUCUUUACCUGGAGCAGAUACUCACCACUGGUGGUGGAUGGCAGGAUCAGGUUGGUGGUUUGUUUGGAGGAGUGAAGGUUGCUCGAUCAGCAGCUCAGUUACCUCUGAGAGUUGAAGUUGAACAGCUGUCUCUCUCUCAAGACUUCAUGUCUGUCCUACAGCAACAUCUCCUGCUGGUUUACACUGGAAAGACGCGUUUAGCACGAAAUCUGCUGCAGGAUGUGGUGCGCAGCUGGUACGCACGAUUGCCCUCCAUUGUCCAGAACACAGAGCAGCUGGUGAUCAAUGCAGAAGAGUGUGCUGAAGCCUGCAGACAGGGGUCUCUCUCCAGACUGAGUUUAUGUAUGGACAGAUACUGGCAGCAGAAGAAGCUGAUGGCUCCAGGCUGUGAGCCGGUAGCUGUGAGGAUGAUGAUGAAUAAACUUCAACCUCUGAUCUUAGGACAGAGUCUUGCAGGAGCAGGAGGAGGAGGAUUUCUCUUCUUACUCACACGUGACCCUCAACAGAAGGAAAGAGUGAGAGACGUUCUCAGUAAAAUACAGGGCAUUGGUUCAUUCAGUGUUCAUUCAGUGGAGUUAGAUAUGGAUGGGAUCUCCAUCAUUCAGAAGAGCUCUGAACAUCCUGACUGACAUUUACAAGUCAAAUCUGAUCAACUAACACACACACACACACGCACACACAUAUGUUGGUGUAUGUGGUUUACGGGGACAUCUCCAUAGACGCAAUGCAUUUUAUACUGUCCAAACUGUUAUAUUCUAUUCCCCUUACCUACCCCAGUCCCUAACCCCAAUGUCACAAAAACCUGUUGCCAGUCUUUAAUCUAUGAAAAACUACCAUUUAGUAUGUUUUUUUAGCUUUUCCGUUUAUGGGGACACUGUCUGUGUCCCCGUAAACCACCUUUAUAGCAUAAUAAACAUGUCAUUAUACACUAUUCAUGUCCUCGUAAACCACACACCAACCCACACACACACACACACACACAC